UUAUCAUUAAGCUUCCGAGUCAAGCUUUAAGGCCGUAUGCAACCCAACACCAGUGCUGCAUGGCAGGAUCGUAUCCCUGGUUUUGGAACGCUGCUGGUUAUUUCUGCUGUCCUUCGUGUUGUGCUUAUACUAUACAGCGAAUGGCACGAUGCACAUUCGAUAGUGAAGUACACCGACAUUGAUUAUCGCGUAUUCAGCGACGCUGCCAGAUUCAUUCUUUACCCCAAACCGCAGGGUAAUAUUGCGAAAGGGCCACUUGCACCUCUCUUUCUUACUGUCGGAGAUCCGUACGCUCGGGAGACUUAUCGCUAUACUCCACUGCUAGCCAUCCUUCUCCUUCCAAAUGAGUGGCUGCACCCAUCAUUCGGAAAGUAUUUAACUCGAAAACGCUUUAUGUGCGCACAUGCAUCUCUCCUAGCGGCAACACACCUCUUGAACCCUCUUGUAUUCACUAUCUCAACGCGUGGUUCUUCUGAAGCGAUUCUCUGCACUUUUGUCCUCUUGACAUUAUUCUACGCGCUCGAACGUCGACAGAACGCUGCCGCCGUGAUGCUGGGACUCAGUGCUCACUGGAAAAUCUACCCGAUCAUAUAUGGGGUUAGCUGUGUCUCUGCGAUUACCUCGCAGCGUGUCGAUGGCAAAGGGUGGAAUUUUUCUCAUCUACUACGUCGACUGGUCGGACGAGAGGCAAUUUGUUUCAUCCUGCUCAGCGCAGGGACAUUUAUUAUUCUGGGAGCUAUAUGCUACGCUGUGUGGGGAUACCCCUUCCUCUACGAGGCAUAUCUAUAUCAUACAGACCGGCGUGAUCAUCGGCACAACUUUUCCCCUUACUUCUAUCUCAUCUACCUCACAGUAUUCCGUCUUAUACCCCAACUGACGUUGUCUCUCGGGACCGGCCUCGUCUUUGGUCAACUCUCAGCCGGCCUGCCGUUCGUGUGGUUUGUACAGACGUUCACAUUCGUGCUCUUCAACCGUGUGUGCACGUCCCAAUAUUUUAUCUGGUAUACUCUCUUCAUACCUUUACUUGUACCUCGCAUUAACCUUUCAUGGAAAAAAUGGGUGAUGUGUGGAGCAGUCUGGAUGGGCACGCAAGCACUGUGGCUUGCAGAGGCAUACAAGUUGGAGUUCCUCGGUGAUGAUGUGUUCUUUGGGCUUUGGGUCAGGAGUUUGGUUUAUGUCGUUGGCCAUGCAUGGGUACUUGGGGUCAUCAUGAGUGGAUAUAUACCCCAUGUGUCAUGUAACCAGCACAGUUAGAUACCUGAGUAGCGCUCAUACGGACAUAUAUGACGCCAUCAUGGACGAUUAAAGAA